AUGGCCACCAUGACCAUGGCCAUGCCCGCGGCCACCAAGGCCAAGGGUCCAAAGCAGCUGCCCGAGAACGAGCGCUUCAUGCGAGCCUGCUCCGAUAUUGCCAAUGCACUCAUCCAGGAAUACGAGUCGCAGAAGGACUCUUCCAAGCCCAAGAAGGACAUCAACCUCAACAAGCUGCGAGGCACCAUGUCCAAGAAGCACCGCUUGAACACCACCCCACCACUCACUGCCAUCAUCGCCGCCGUGCCCGAACACUACAAGAAGUACAUCCUGCCGAAGCUGAUCGCGAAGCCGAUUCGAACAUCCUCUGGUAUCGCCGUCGUCGCCGUCAUGUGCAAGCCUCACCGAUGCCCACACAUUGCCUACACCGGCAAUAUCUGCGUCUACUGCCCCGGCGGUCCUGAUUCCGAUUUCGAGUACUCGACGCAGUCAUACACCGGCUACGAGCCAACAUCAAUGCGAGCGAUCCGCGCUCGCUAUGAUCCGUUCGAACAGGCAAGAGGGCGGGUGGACCAGAUCAAGGCGCUCGGCCACAGCGUGGACAAAGUGGAGUAUAUCAUCAUGGGAGGCACGUUCAUGUCACUACCGGAAGACUAUCGCGACACCUUCAUCUCUCAGCUUCACAACGCUUUGAGCGGAUACCAAACGGACAACGUCGAUGAAGCCGUGCAGGCAGGAGAAAUGAGCAAUGUCAAGUGCGUGGGCAUCACGAUUGAGACACGGCCGGAUUACUGUCUAGAUACACACCUCAGCAGCAUGCUGCGCUACGGGUGCACACGACUGGAAAUCGGAGUGCAGAGUCUGUAUGAGGACGUGGCACGGGAUACCAACCGCGGCCACACCGUGGCGGCCGUGGCAGAGACGUUCAAGCUGUCCAAGGAUGCCGGAUUCAAGGUUGUCAGCCACAUGAUGCCCGACCUACCAAAUGUGGGAAUGGAGCGCGAUCUAUUCCAAUUCCAGGAGUACUUUGAGAACCCUGACUUCCGCACCGACGGUCUGAAGAUCUACCCGACGCUCGUGAUUCGGGGUACCGGUCUUUAUGAAUUGUGGCGGACGGGCCGCUACAAGAACUACACCCCCAACGCACUGAUCGAUAUUGUGGCUCGUAUUCUCGCUCUGGUGCCGCCAUGGACCCGCAUCUACCGCGUCCAGCGCGAUAUCCCCAUGCCGCUGGUAACCUCGGGGGUAGAGAACGGCAACCUGCGCGAGCUGGCCCUCGCCCGGAUGAAAGACUUUGGUACCACCUGCCGUGACGUUCGCACCCGCGAGGUGGGCAUCAACGAAGUCAAAAACAAGAUCCGCCCUUCGCAAGUCGAGCUCAUCCGCCGCGACUACGCCGCCAACGGCGGCUGGGAGACAUUCCUGGCCUACGAAGACCCCAAGCAGGAUAUUCUGAUCGGCUUGCUCCGUCUGCGCAAGUGCAGCUCCACCCACACCUUCCGUCCCGAAUUCACCGGCCAGCAGACCAGCAUCGUCCGCGAGCUGCACGUCUACGGAUCUGCGGUCCCGCUGCAUGGCCGUGACGCGCGCAAGUUCCAGCAUCGCGGCUUUGGCACGCUGCUGAUGGAGGAGGCGGAGCGGAUCGCGCGUGAGGAGCAUGGAAGUCGCAAGAUUAGUGUUAUCUCGGGCGUUGGCGUGCGCAGCUACUAUGCCCGGCUGGGAUAUACUCUGGACGGGCCGUAUAUGUCCAAGAUGCUGGAUCCGUGGGAGGACGAGGAGUGA